AUGUUGGGCAUGCAAGGACGUACUGCGCGAAGAGAUGAUCCAACGCGGGAUAAGAGGAUUACCAAAGAGAAAGAGAAAUUGACUUGGAAGAGGUGUAGGGAUCUGGUAUGGAGACACCUUCAUUUCGUCGGACCAGGACUGGUAUCAAGUGUAGCAUAUAUUGAUCCAGGUAAUUGGGCAACGGACUUAGAAGCAGGUGCCAUGUAUGGAUAUAAAUUAUUAUUCGUCGUUCUCAUCGCUGGUCUAGCUGCAGUUGUCCUUCAACUACUUUCAGUCAGGCUAGGAGCAAUAACAUCAACUUCAUUACCACGACAGACAAGGUUGCUGUUCUUGAGAUUACAAGUUAAAUACCCGAAAUAUCGAAUUCCCUUGAAUAUCGGUUUAUAUACAUUAUACGCUUUGGCAGAAAUAGCUAUUAUAGGAACUGAUUUGGCGGAAUUAUUAGGUAGUGCAAUUGCAUUAAAUCUUCUAUUCCCCAAAUUACCUUUGUUCGCGGGUGUACUCAUCACAGCAGCAGAUGUGAUGAUAGUUUUAGUCUUCUUCCGCUCGGAUUCAGGUAGACAAGGAAUGUUACUUUUCGAGAUCGUCAUUGUCUCUUUGGUCUUAGCGGUCUUUGUCAGUUUCAUAAUUUUACUUAAAUUGAUAAAUCCCGUUUGGAAAGAUGUCUUUCUGGGUUUGGUUCCCUCAAAGACCUUGGUCAAACCUGGUGCACUAUACAUCGGUGUUGGUAUAAUAGGAGCUACUGUGAUGCCCCACGCCUUAUUCCUCGGUUCUUCGCUCGCAUCCGUGGAUAGAUUAAACAUGUUACCUGUCGAACCUUCACCAAACAAGAAGCCUCUAUCAGCUCGCAUGCCAUCGCUAAACCUUAAUCCCUUCAAGAGGAGAAGACCUGAUUUUCGUCGAAACGGUUCGGAUCUCCCUGAUCCUGAUACUUCUCGACAUCAAGAAGAGGGAACAUGUACUUAUCCCCCAAUCAGACUAACGGAAAUGAACAGAAGUCCGACUCCAAAUGCUCAAGCAGAUAAAGAUAUACCUAUUGAAGAAGAAGAAAUGACCAAAGAAGAUCUGGAUCACCUAAAGGCGAUGAAAGAUUAUCAAGAUAGAAUUAGAAGAUUUGAUAGAAUAAAAUGGGUUGAUGUACAUCUCCUACAUUCCACAAUCGACACCGCGCUAUCUCUCCUUGGAUUCGCCCUGACUAUCAACUCGUCGAUUCUGACUUUGGCUGGGGCAGCUUUCUAUUAUGGUACUUCAGGUGCGACUGCUGACGACGCCGACCUCUUCGGUGCAUACGCUCUGAUAAGAAGCUAUGUUGGUCAUGCUGCCGCUAUCAUUUUCGCUUUAGCUCUGCUUUGUGCGGGUCAAAGUGCUUCUAUAACAGCUACAUUGGCAGGACAAGUCGUUUCUGAAGGAUUCAUAAAUUGGAAGACUUCUCCGCUCAUCCGAAGACUCCUCACUCGAUUGAUAGGUGUUAUCCCAGCUGCUAUUGUAGCUGCGGCAGUUGGACCUGCAGGUUUGAAUACAAUGUUGGUAGCUUCACAAGUCUUGCUAUCGAUUGUUUUACCUACGGUUAUCUUCCCAUUGGUCUACCUUUGCUCGAAAGAAGAGAUCAUGACUGUGCAAGGGCCUGAAAUCGAUCAACACCAAGAUCAAGAUAGAGAAACAAAUCCAAAUGGCUGUGAUGAUGUAGAUAGAAGUGGAAUUGAUCAACAUAUUCCAAUGAACCAAAUAUCUUCUCAAAUCAUAUCGACUGAACAAGCAUAUCAAAAUGACGACUUACAACCAGAACAACGAAGAAGUGUUAUACCUGAAGUAGAAGAAACAACUGAACAACAAGAUACGACAAUACCAAAUGGAAAUAAACCAAGAAGAAGUAAAUCUUAUGUCUCACCGAAGUAUGUCACAGUUCUAGGAUACGCGUUAUUCGGUAUUGUCAUUUUGGCAAAUUGUUAUGUUAUAGUACAAUUGUGUUUGGGUAAUAAUUAG